AUGAACCGUGCUCACUCUCUCGCUGAUGAUGAAGUGAAUGAUUCUCUUGCCGUCCAGUCUUCAAGUAGACGUCGCCAUUCUAUAUUCACCGACAACGACUCCACUCUGCCCGUCCAAAGAGGUGUAAUCUGCUCUAUGCAUAUUCCGUCAAAAUCGAUUACAGGCACACCUAAGAGACUGGUUACAACGACACAACGUGAGCCUUCUGAAUUGUGGCGACCGGCUCUCCCAUACCGAUACACCCACACUCUUCUCGCUCGCCCAUUCGUCGAGGCGUUUUAUGACUCUGCCUCCGUGGCAGACGUAGCUGAUUGGUUGUCGCGUUCGAAAUCGUUGACUCCGCCACAGAGCGGUCACACAGACAAUAAUUUCGCAGUUAUUUUGCCUACAAGCACCCGCAAAACCGCUCUUCUCUUUGUACACGAGCUCACGUGCAUCCAGCGUCUGGUUUACUGGCACAUUGUCUGA